AUGGCGACAUCAGAAUCAUCAGUAUCUCGCACAGAGAUCCUUAACCAAUACACCCAGCUCGACCAGCGCGGCAUUGUCAUUGCCGAGUACGUCUGGAUCGACGCGGAAGGCAACAGCCGUUCCAAGACUCGCACCCUCGAGCCCCGUGAUGACGGCAAGCAGUGGGAUGUUGACACAUUACCCAUCUGGAACUUCGACGGGAGUUCCACCGGCCAAGCCCCCGGCGACAACUCCGAUGUCUACCUCCGCCCCGUUGCCGUCUACCCCGACCCCUUCAGGAAGGGCAACAACAUCCUUGUCCUGACUGAGUGCUGGAACCACGACGGAACCCCGAACAAGUACAACUACCGUCAUGAGUGCGCCAAGCUCAUGGAGGCGCACGCCGAGACGAUCCCCUGGUUCGGUCUCGAGCAGGAGUACACCCUCCUGGACCUGAGCGACCGGCCGUUUGGCUGGCCCCAGAACGGCUUCCCUGCUCCCCAGGGCCCAUAUUACUGCGGUGUGGGUGCUGGCCGUGUCGUCCAGCGCGAUAUCGUCGAGGCCCACCUCCGCGCGUGUAUCUACGCCAACGUUAAGAUCUCCGGCACCAACGCCGAGGUCAGCAAGUCGCAGUGGGAGUUCCAAGUCGGCCCCUGCGUCGGCAUCAGCAUGGGCGACGACCUCUGGAUCGCUCGCUACAUCCUUGCCCGUGUUGCUGAGGACUUUGGCGUCAAGGUCUCGCUGCACCCCAAGCUUAUCCCCGGUGACUGGAACGGUGCCGGCAUGCACAGCAACUUCUCCACCCAGGAGAUGCGUGAGGAGGGUGGCAUGAAGGCCAUCGAGGCUGCCAUCAAGAAGCUUGAGGGCCGCCACCUCGAGCACAUCGCCGUCUAUGGCGAGGACAACGAGAAGCGUCUCACUGGUCGCCACGAGACCGGGGCCAUUGACCAUGGCGUCGCCAACCGUGGGGCUUCGAUCCGCAUUCCCCGCGAGGUUGCCGCCAAGGGCUGCGGUUACUUUGAGGACCGCCGCCCGGCCAGCAACGCCGACCCCUACCGUGUUACCGGUAUCCUCAUGGAGACGAUCUACGGAGCCGUCUAA